AUGUCGAACUACGAUCAGCUACACAGACAAUGCAGGACACUCGAGAACCUCUUUGACUCCAAACUCACCUCAUACUCUCAACUCGCCGCCAGCAUCUCACGGCCGGGACAGGAUAUCGAGUCUUCAGGCUCGACGGAACGAUGGAAGGAUUUGGAAGUUGAGCUGGACGACCUCGCUGCGAAGUUGGAAGAAAUCAAUGAGCAAUUGGCAGUUUUGGCCGGUACACCCGAUCUCAUGUCCGCCUCCAUGUUGCGGGCCAUCCAACGACACCGUGAGCUUCAUCAAGAUAACAUCCGCGAAUUGAAGAGGACGAAGACCAACACUAAACACGCACUGGACCAGGCAAAUCUGCUUUCGGGAGUCCGGAAUGACAUUGACGCGUACAAGUCGUCAGCAGCGGACUCGUUAUUGGCCGAACGAGGGCGUAUUGAUAGUUCACACCGAAUGACGGACGACAUCCUCCAACAAGCGUACGAGACGCGGUCAGAGUUUUCUCGUCAACGGACGUCCCUCGCAGGUAUCAACAACCGGAUGGUGCAGGUGCUAGGUACGAUGCCUGGUAUCAACAGCUUGGUGUCAAUGAUCAAGUCGCGGCGGCGGAGAGACUCCAUUAUCAUGGGCGUCCUCAUCGGAGUCUGCGCUAUCAUCCUCCUCACAUACAUCUGGCAUUGA